AUGACCUUUGUCUCUUCUAAUAUAGUAUUCAUCGCGCAAACAAAAGCCUCCUCCUCUUCAGGAGCAUCAUCUGCUUCAAGAAUCCCCAAACUCGCCGCAUCGUUGUUGUCGAGGUCGAGGACGACGACGAGCGUAAUAAUAAAACGACGACAAAAACGAAAUGAAUCUUUUUUGUAUUCAACGACGACUUCUUUAACGACAACAACGACAACGAGUGCAUCACAUUCAUCAACGCUGCCUCGACUUUUGUCUCUUCAAAAGCAUACGCUAGCAGACGACGGGGAAGGUGGUUCCUUUGUCUUCUCUUCGAGGAGACUGUUGUUCUCUAACGCAGGAAAAGCAUCAUCAUCAUCGAGUAGUAGUAGUAGUAGUAGUAGUAGUAAAAAAAAGAGGAGUCAAAACAAAAGGAGUCACCACAAAAAGACAAUCAAGUGCGAAAGCGAAACCCGAAUAGCGUCAGUGUUGACCUCUUUACCGCAACGCUUGGAUUUAUAUUUCCAACGACGAUCGUAUCGGAUGCUUUUAUGGAAAACUAUCUUUAUUUUUGUUGGUUUUUAUUUAGCUUCGGUGAUUACUUUAUCGUUUGGCGCGUUGGGCAUCAACGACGUCGUCGCCGGCGCGUUGUGCGUGUUCGUUUACGAGACGAUCACGAGGUGGUAUUAUAAAACGAGCAGACCUGGGAGGAAGUUGGAGUUUGUGAAUUGCUUCAAGUUAGGGCUGGUGUAUUCCUUAAUUGCAGACGCGUUCAAGCUAGGUUCGUAA